AAGCAAUUAUUACUUUUGUAAGGAAGGGGAAGAAGAAAGGAAAAAACUUUGAAGAAGAAAGUUGCAACAGCAACAAUGGCAAUGGCAAUGACAAUGGGUGUUUGUGUUUCUUCAAUUUUCAAGUUUUCUUCUUACAAUUAUAACAAUAAGGCUGUAACAGUAGCAGUGCAUAAGAAGGAGAAGAUGGGUGUUCCUUACAAUCUAAAGGAAGGGCAGUCUCGUAUUUUCCAUAAGCUUCCUUCUGGUCUGAACAUGGAGGUCAUUGUUCAGAAGAAGAAUAAGGAAAGUAGAAAUGAUGUUGAAAAUGAAAAGCAUUACUCUUUGGUGUUUGUUCAUGGAAGUUAUCAUGCUGCUUGGUGUUGGGCUGAACAAUGGUUGCCUUUCUUUUCUGAAUCUGGAUAUGAUUGCUAUGCCCUUUCUUUCUUAGGACAGGGCGAAAGUGAUGAACCAGAAGAUACAGUUGCUGGUACACUUCAGACACAUGCAAGAGAUGUUGCAGAUUUUAUUCAUCGAAAUAUCAGAUCGCCACCUGUAUUGCUCGGACAUUCAUUUGGAGGACUUAUUAUUCAGUAUUAUAUUUCCAAUUUAGGAAAUAACAAACUCAAAGAAAACUUAUACCCGGAGCUUAGAGGAGCUGUCCUUGUUUGUUCUGUACCUCCUUCUGGUAACAGUGGACUAGUCUGGCGAUAUCUCAUUUCGAAGCCAAUCGCUGCCUUCAAGGUGACAUACAGCUUGGCAGCAAAAGGUUUUCAAAGCUCUCUUUCUCUUUGCAGAGAAACAUUUUUCUCGGGCACGAUGGAGGAUCAUGUUGUUAAAAGAUAUCAAGAACUAAUGAAAGAAAGUUCUCGGAUGCCAUUGUUUGAUUUAAGAAAACUGAAUGCUUCACUUCCAGUUCCAUCAGUGCCAAAUCUCCCUCUAGAAGUUCUUGUUUUGGGUGCAAACAACGAUUUCAUUGUGGAUGCUGAGGGACUCAAAGAAACAGCAGAAUUUUAUGGUGUGUCACCUGUAUGUGUUGAAGGAGUUGCUCAUGACAUGAUGUUGGACACUUCAUGGGACAAAGGUGCAGAAGUUAUACUUUCAUGGCUAAAUGGUUUACACAAGUAAAAAGAGGAAAAAUUAGAGGAAAUGUUUGAUUCAUUUUUCUAGAAAUGAUGAUUGUUGCUUCAACUCAUUACAAAUGAUUGAAUAGUUUCACUAAGCUUCAAGCUAAGGCAACAAAGGAGGGUCCAAAUAGUGUCACAGAGAGAUAUGAUUUGUGUAAAAACUCAUUUCCUUAUCAGAUUUGUUGUGUAUUUGGAAAGGCGCCGCCGCGACAUUAUUACAAUAGUUUUUGAAUGUGUUAAAAUUACAAAAACAUACAUAAAUGUUUUUUUUACUCA